AUGGGGUCCGACGACGAGGUGACGCCGGCCUACAGCCCCACCAGAACAGAGAAGAAACAAAAUGAGCAACCCGACGAUUCCAUCGCCAAAGACCCCAUCGAGGGCACCUACGCGGGCUAUGAUAUCGAUGCCGAGAAGCAAGUCGGGGAGCAGCGGCAAUUGCCCGACCUGCAGCGCCGUCUUCGAAGCCGACACCUGCAGAUGAUUGCCAUCGGCGGGACCAUCGGAACCGGGCUGUUUAUUGGCAGCGGCACUGCUAUUUCUUAUGCCGGCCCUGUCGGGGCCCUCAUUGCAUACAUCUUUGUCGGCUCGAUCGUCUUCUCGGUCAUGACCGCAUUGGGAGAGGUGGCCACAUUCCUCCCCAUCCCCGGAGCUUUUGCGUCGUAUGCCACACGACUCGUCGAUCCGAGUCUAGGCUUUGCUAUGGGUUGGAUCUACUGGUUCUCGUGGGCCUCAACAUUCGCCCUCGAGCUCACAGCCACAGGGCUGAUCAUCCAAUUCUGGGAGAAGUCCGUCCCGAUCGCGGUUUUUAUCGCGGUCUUCUGGGUGGUCAUCAUCUUGCUCAAUCUUCUGCCUGUCAGCUUCUUUGGAGAGACAGAAUUCUGGCUGUCUAGUAUAAAGGUGCUGACAGUGAUUGGAUUCAUGAUUUUCGCCAUCUGUAUGAAUGCUGGUGUGGGUGAUGAAGGGUAUCUUGGUUUUCGCUAUUGGGUGGACCCCGGGCCCUUUAAGAAUUACCUACUUGAGGAUCAGCCAUCUCUAGCCAAAUUCUUGGGCUUCUGGGCAGUGCUUAUUAAAGCGGGCUUCUCCUACCAAGGCACUGAACUGGUCGGUAUUGCUGCUGGUGAGACCGAGAAUCCACGCAAAACCAUCCCCUCGGCCAUCCGCAAGUCAUUCUUCCGCAUCAUCUUUUUUUUCAUUUUCACCAUCUUCUUUAUUGGCAUUGUGGUUCCCUCCAAUGAUGAUCGUCUGACUGCCAGCGAGGGCAGCGGAGCCAGCGCGAACAAUGCCAACGCCUCACCCUUCGUCAUUGCCGCCAAGCGUGCAGGCGUGAAUGUCCUCCCAUCCAUCAUCAACGCGGUCUUGCUCACCGUCGUCCUGUCCGCCGCAAAUUCAAAUGUCUACAGCGGUAGCAGAAUUCUCGUGGGCCUCGCACACGAGGGCUUUGCCCCUCGCUUCUUCGUGAAAACCACCAAAUGGGGCGUUCCAUACUGGAGCGUGCUCUUCACAGCUCUCUUCGGCCUCCUGGGCUUCCUGAACGUGUCCAAUGCCGGCAGCACCGUCUUCGACUGGUUGAUGCAAAUUGCCGGCCUGGCCGGAUUCAUUACGUGGACGUCACUGAAUAUCUGCCAUCUGGCUUUCAUGCGGGCAUUGAAAGCCCGCGGAAUCUCGCGCGACAUCCUCCCGUACAAGGCGCUCUUGCAGCCUUAUUUCUCCUAUUAUGGUCUUUUCUUCAACGUCUUAAUUAUCAUCACGCAGGGGUUCACGGCUUUUGUGCCGAACUUCAGCAUUACCGAUUUCUUCAUCGACUAUCUCAGCUUGAUACUCUUUGCCGUCCUGUAUAUUGGACAUAAAGUUAUUGUUCGCCCGGCAUUUGUGAAGCCGCUGGAAGCUGAUAUAGAUACGGGCCGCGUGAACUUGAUUGAAUAUGAAUAG